AUGGUUAUCCAAGUACCCGUUAGGCCAUCUGGUCGUCUUCGCCUUGCGAUGUCUGAACAUGCAAUGCAGCAAGGUUAUUCUGGAGAUAAGUUUGAGCACUAUAUAGACACAUCUUUUGAAUUCUUCCGAACUUAUCUUUUUGAAUUUCUCUACAAUCUAUAUUCCACUACAUAUGGACACCAACAAAUCAUUUCUAUCGAAAAACUGUCUCAUGAAUCAUUAUCUCCCAGUUUUUCAUCAAUAAAUAAGGCUUUGAUUACUCAGAGCGUCAGGGAGACCUUGUGCAACGUACCUGGUCCCGUGUCAUCUGCCAUAGUAUUCGCAAAUGUCACUUCCGUUUCGGAACUACCAAAUAUUUCCAUGCUACUUCGAGCCCAGAUUCUGUCUUCGGGACAUGAAGAUAAGUCUACUCCUCGGCAACUUAUCCAGGAUCGUCUUAAUGAGGGUCGUCUUGGUGAUUACCUUCUUGUGAAUGGGAAUUCCAGCUCUAUCUAUAUAGACCCUGAUGUCUCACGCUACACUGACCCUAUUCCUGAAUACCUACUUAACUCGGAUACACAACGAAUGAUAGACUCCACUAUUAAUACCAUAAGUCCGCACGAACAAAAUCAAUUUAGUUGGAAUCAGUGUAGACAUAAAUUGUAUGCAUUUCAGGCAGAUCUGAUCCUCUGUUCUGCUUCUCUUUGUGGUCUAUGA